UUUUAGUAGUUAGUCUGCGGAUUGCAGCGAAUUCGCUCAUUUGAAAAAAAUAAAACAUGGCUGGAAGAGGUGGUUAUGAACACGCUAGAGGUGGAUUCGGGGGCGAACGGCAUGUGAAGCAGAUGCCCACGGAACCGCCCUUUAUUGCCUAUGUAGGCAACUUGCCGCAAGGUCUUGUUCAAGGCGAUGUCAUCAAAAUAUUCCAAGACUUUGAAGUUAAGAAUGUGCGAUUGGUUAAGGACCGAGAAACGGAUCAAUUCAAAGGCUUCUGCUAUGUAGAGUUCGAGACGUUGGACAAUCUGGAACGUGCAUUGGAGUGUGAUGGUCGCAUUAAGUUGGACGACCUUUCAGCACCGCUGCGAAUAGAUAUUGCUGAUCGGAGGAAAAAUGAUCGCCCCGGCGGCGGUAUUGGCGGUGGGGGUAAUGGUGGGGGCAUGACUCGCGAUGGUGGCCGUGAUGGCUUCCAAAAGCGUGGUCCUCCGCGUCAAGGUGGCAUCAGUCAAUCAUAUAGCCGCGGCGGUCCUGGUAACGGCGGCGGUGUUCGCGAAGCCGGUGGCGGCUCUGGUAAUCGCGGCGAUAGUAGAGGUUCGUACAAUGAUAGUUAUGGUGGUCACAAUGAUAGAAGUCGUGGCGGCGCCGUCUCCGGCAUGAAUAGAGGAUACAAUGAUCGUCCCGCGAAUCGCGGACGUUAUGGUAACUUUAAUAAUGAUGAUCGAUUCGAUCGGAAUCAAGAACGUGACAAUCGUGGACAACGAGAGGGCAGCUAUGGCAAUCAGUCGCGCGAUGGAGAUCGUUACAACAAUUUCAGUCGGCAUCGUGACCGUGAGCGCACUCACUACAAUCCCAACCAGCAUAAUGAACGCCCAACGGCCGUGGGAAUUGGCGCCAUCGAUGAUACGGAACGACCACGACUGCAGUUGAAGCCUAGAACUAUUGCGGCGCCUAUUAAUGCGGUGGCUGAAACCAAACAAUCGGCAUCCAUUUUUGGAAAUGCCAAGCCACGUGAAGAGAAGAUUAAGGAGCCAGAACCUAAUGAAGAACUCAACGGCGAUAAUUAGGUGUUUCUUUCUUACUCUCUCACUCUCUCUCUAUCUAUCUCUCUCUCUCUCUCUCCCACUCGGUUUGGAUGGAUGAAUGGACUGGUGUGUUGGUCAUGUGUGUGUAUGCCUAAAAUAAUGAUAUUUCGAUAUUUUCUUGUGGCGGAGCAGAAGGAGAGCGGUAGGCAUAUAUAUACAAGCAUAUUUCAAUGGAGUUUGAGAGAAAUGCGGCGCAGUGAAAGCAAAUAACAAAACAUAAACAAAAUUAAUAACUACGCUAUGUACUAUGCAUACAUAACAGAAACACACACACACACACAAACUUAUACAUAUAUACAAGGCUUGGCUGUCCUCUGUUAGCCAAUGCAAACGGAAUCAACUUAACAAAUAACAAGAACGACACAAAUAAUCUUUCGUAGACGCAGCUCUACAACAACAUCAAUAAUAACAACAACAAUAACUACAACACAACAACAACAACACAGCAGCAACAACAAUGAAAAGUCUUUAAAUGUUAGUGUAUAAGCAGAGGUAAAGUUAGCACCGUGCAUAUACAAUUGAUUACAAUUAUACGUAAUCUAUAUGUAUAUGCACGUUGCUUCUAAGUUAAGUAAUCAACCAACCACAAAAAAGUACUACCAAUUAAGCAAAAAAAACUAAAAAACAAAGCAAAAACAUGUUUAAAAAGGUAAAAAAAAAACAACAAACGACUUAAAUUUGACAAGCGUUUAGCGUAGCAGGCAAGCAUACAGUUUAUACAAUUCAUAUACUAGCUAAAAAA